AUGGCGUCGACAACUUGCGCAAGAGAGGUUCAUUACAGAGGAGUAAGGAAGAGACCAUGGGGUCGCUACGCAGCGGAGAUUAGAGAUCCUUGGAAGAAAACUAGGGUUUGGUUAGGCACUUUCGACACUCCCGAAGAAGCUGCUCUCGCUUACGACGGCGCCGCCCGUUUCCUCCGUGGCAUCAAAGCUAAGACUAACUUCCCUUCUCCUCUCUCUCUCUCUCUCGACCUCAACCACAACCCCUCCGCCUCCGUUCCCGCCGUAGAUAACCACCACAACCAACACCAACCGUUCUGGCUCCCGGCUCCUCCUCUUCCUCCUCAGGUUUCCGACAAUCACCACCGACACCAUAGAGUCUUUCUCCGAACAAGAGUGCUCAACGACAAAACCUCCGGCUUCUCCACUUCAGAAGCACCGCUUUACUUCGCUAACUCACCUGCAGCUGUCACGUCUUCGCCUCGAGUGGUUGACUUUCCAAUGAUGAGCUCUUCUUCUUCCGCAACGGUGAGACGUGGCUUAGCGAUUGAUCUCAACGAGCCGCCGCCGCUUUGGCUGUGAAACACACUUUGAAAACGGCGCCGUCUGAUGAACACUUUCGGUGGAACUAUUAUUGUUUUAACUUUUAGUUUCUUUUUAAGCUAAAUAUCCUUUUUUAGGGUAGUAGUUUGAGUAGUUUUUCUUUUUCAAUAUGUCUUUUUUUCUUUUGGUUAUGUAAGAGACGGAGACUGAUUGUUAUAAUCCAUGUUGCGGCAACAAGAAAUAAUUAACACUAAUUAAGCA